GAGUUUCAGUGCAUUCAACGUCUGAUCAAAGAGAGAAGAAGAAGAAAUGUCCUGCCUGAAGAAUUUCAGUCUUCUCAUCUCAUGUGUGCUCCUCUUCAUCAUCCAGCCAGGUCGUGGCUCUGAGAUUAUUAAUGGGAAGGAAGUCAAGCCACACUCACUGCCUUUCAUGGCUUAUGUGAGAAGCAGGACAACUAAUUCUUUCUGUGGAGGGACAUUAAUCCAUCCACAGUGGGUGCUGACAGCUGCCCACUGCACUGGGGUGGAUCAGGUGACCCUGGGAGCCCACUCCAUCAGUAAAGAGGAAAAAUAUUCCAAGCAAAUCCAAAUUGUUGAGAAAAGUUUUCCUCAUCCUCACUACUGUUGUGCACACCACGACAAUGACCUCAUGUUGCUGAAGCUUAAAGAACCGGUGUUGAAAACCAGGGCAGUGCAGUGGCUCGAGUUUGGCGACACUGUGAGAGACCCGGCAGCUGGCAGCACGUGUCUGGUGGCUGGAUGGGGAGUAACUGAAAACAGCGAUGCAUCAGACGUCCUCAUGUCUGUCAAUGUGACUGUGGUCGACAGACAGAAGUGCAACUCUCGUGAUUAUUACAGCCACGACCCUGUUAUCACCGAUGACAUGAUAUGUGCUGGUUCAGAUGGUACAAACGUCGCUGAUACCUGUCAGGGGGAUUCAGGAGGGCCGCUGUUGUGUGAUGGAGCGCUGGUUGGAGUCACUUCUUUUGGAGAGGAUUGUGGUGUCAUUAAUAAACCUGGAGUCUACUCGUUUGUCUCAGAGGGACAACUGUACUGGAUCAAAACUACGAUGAAGUUAUUCUAAAUGUCUUGAAACCACAGACAUCAAGCUGCAUGAUUUGAUUUCACAGGUGUCCAACUCCAGGCCUCGAGGGCCGGUGUCCUGCAGGUUUUAGAUGUGUCCUUGAUCCAUCACAGCUGAUUUAAAUGGCUAAAUG